CAACCACAACAAGCUGCGCCAGAGCAAAUAGAACAACAUCCAACUGCAGUAGAAGCAGAAACAGUUUUUAAACAGGAAGAAGAGCAGCAGCAAGAUUGCAGUAUCCUUUCUCCUACGCUUGCGGAUAUUUUGAGUGAUGAUCGUAUUCUUCGAUUUUAUCAGUGUGUGAAAGACAUCAAAACCCAAGGUCAUCCUCGACAAACUGCAGCUAUGUUCUUUGCCCUCUGUCAUGCUUUAGGUGACACCGUUUCGUUCUUAAAGGUUCCCAAUAUGAACAAGAUUAUGUUUAGACAAGAGCAACAAAUCUUUGGCGUUAAUAUUGCCGGUGUUCAGCAAGAAGGUAUUUUCCAGCAAUCACAACCACAGCCGAUGUCUCCUGCGCAUAUGGGUACGCCUACUGCUCCUCCUCAACAAAAUAUGGCUUUUGCCGGUGGUUCGGCCGCUUUAGUACCGCAUCAAACACCACAACAAGAUAUCAAUCAUGCUCACAACGAUUAUUAUUCAAAUCCUAUGAUGGAUAACUCCCCACAGCAUUUGCUACAAGCGGCUUUAAGUGCUGUACAUGCUCAGUUGAAUAACAAUUUACAUGCUACACAGCAACAAGCCUCACAUACAUUAGCCAAUCAAGCAGGCGCUCCUGUCUUAUCGAAACGAAGAAAUACACAAGACAAUAAAGAUGGUUCAAAAAGAACCAAGAAGUCUUCUCCUAGAGAUAAAGAAUAUAGUGUUCGUCGCAAUGAAGUAAUCCAAGACCUGUUAAAGGUGUCAGAUGCCGAUUUGAUGCAUCAAGCUAAUAUGGUUGAAGACGACGUCAAACUCGUUAUUCAAGGUCACGAACGCUCUACCAAACUCGGCGUAUUGUCGCCCAUCCAACGUUUUGCCGCUUUCGCCAACCUUGCCGCACACUAUGAUUGCGAUUUCGCACCCAAGAAUGCAGGUGUUUAUUACAACUAUGAAUACUUUCAACUCUAUCUCGCCUAUCGUGAUUUUGAGUUGGAACGCCAGCAACAGCAACAAAUGGAGGGCGGUGAUCCUCGUCCUAUUAUGACACAGUGCCGUACAGAAAUGGAGAAAGUGUUAGUCAAUACGAACUGGGAAGCCAUCCGUCGCCGUUUGACUAUAGGUGAACGCAUCUGCCAAGUCUGUGGAGUGUUAGGUCGAGGUUUCUUGUUGUUGAGUAAACAAGUCUCUGGCCGUAAGUUGUUGCAUAACUUCAAUACUGGGGAAUGGUUGGAUUUCAUGCGUGAGUUCCGUAAACCUGAAAAUCAAGAAGUUUUACACAAUUUGCAAGCCAAGUAUAAUCCUGAACGCUUCUAUGGU